UGGAUGACUCACAGUGUUAUGAUGCAGUUCCACAACACACAGCCACAUUUACCCACAGACCGAGGUACAGAGCAAGAGGCAACCUCUGGCCCCAGCCGCUGUCCACCCUGCAGCCCCAGUCCUCAAACCCCCAGCUACCCACCCCCAAUACCAUCCCCUUCCCAGUUGAAGGAGCGGAAAGAGAAGAGAGAAGAGUGAGCAGAGAGAUUGAGAGAGAUAGACGGAGAUCUCUGGAGCAGACCUCAAGGUGACUUCCAUUUCUAUCUGGUUCUCGUCUGGGGGGGCCCUGGCCGGGCAGCCCCCCCACCCUUCCACUGUCCUGAAACACGGCUCUAGCCAACCUACUCCGCUGCUUUACCUGCGACCGUCUCUGUGGGGGCUGCACGGCACCAGCCCCUCCAGCCCGCCAGGGCAUCGUCCUCCAGCCCGUCAUGCCCAGCUGUGACCCCGGCCCGGCCCCUGCCUGUCUACCCACCAAGACUUUCCGCAGCUACCUGCCCCGCUGCCACCGCACUUACAGUUGUGUCCACUGUCGAGCACACUUGGCCAAACACGAUGAGCUUAUUUCCAAGUCCUUCCAAGGGAGCCAUGGCCGGGCCUACCUGUUUAACUCCGUGGUCAACGUGGGUUGUGGGCCAGCUGAGCAACGCCUCCUGCUCACAGGACUCCACUCGGUAGCUGACAUUUUCUGUGAAAGCUGCAAGACCACACUGGGCUGGAAAUAUGAACAGGCUUUUGAGACCAGCCAGAAAUACAAGGAAGGGAAGUACAUCAUUGAGAUGUCACACAUGGUGAAAGACAACGGCUGGGACUGAGGGGCUCAGCAGGCUGCGACCCUCCUCCGCAUGCCCCACCUUCCUCUCACCAGUCCCCUGGCCCUGUGAGCAGUCCACACCAGCAUGAGCACUGCCCACCCCUGGGGAAACCUGGCUCCAAAUGACCACGGCCUUCCCCCAUCCCCCCACAGCAGUACCAGGUCCCUUUGGAGCAGGAGCCUGCGAUACCCCAGGGGUGGUUAAGGCUCAGGUAAAGGCUGUGGGUAGCAGUCAGGGAAAUACAAGACCGAGGAGAGGAGAUCAUUAUGGCAGGGCGUGAACUCAGGCAGACAGAACUGUGAGUUACCAAACUGUGAAUGGCCUUUUCUGAAUGAACAGGACAAACGCUGGUGGGGGGGGGGGGGACGACGACCACAGAAUAGCAAAGACUUAGGUUGGAGUGAAAUUUUGGUCUCAGAUAUCAGGGGCCCAGAGUCUGAGGGUAGUUUACCCAACCCCAUUCUUGGUAAAAGGACUAGGGAUGGGGCCAAUAUUAGAAAAAAACACAAGCCCUAGACCCUGGGAAAUCAGCGGCAGGGGCUUCCAUUUCACUCCACCGUUUACCUUGGCACUAAAGAGGCACUUUUAAGUAUCUAAUCUUUGCCAUUGGGUGGGGUGGGGAAAGCUGCUCCAAGAACAGCCCCCACCCCCAGCUGGCUGUUGCCAGAGAGAGCAGUCUUUAUGGGCAUUCCCCGAGGCUCAGCCACUGCUCCCUGGGACCCAGUCCCUUGGAGGCGGUGGCUCAUCGGCGCUGCGGGACCAGUCUUUCCAGUGACUGCCACCAGCGAAUGAAACUUUUGUAUGAUACAAAGUGUUUGGGUCUAUUUUUAAUAAAAAGGGGAAAAGCGA